AUGUGGUCGUUUGGAAUCAUUAUUCUGUUACUCGCUAUAGCGUUGUCCAAAAUUACCGACGCACACAGUCUGCCUCCAUUGGAAAAUGGAGGUGUCCGUUGGGCUUUACUCGUAGCAGGGUCAAAUGGCUGGGCCAACUACAGACAUCAACUCUUUUGCAUCCAGGUCAACCAACCCUUCUGCUUGCUCAUUCUUACUUUACUUUCCUCUCCAUCGGUCGCGAAAGAAAUUAUCUUAGCCUCUCGACAAGCUCUUUUGCAUCCAGGUCAAAAAAAUUUUUUACUUAAAUUUCGUCUACAUCGGUCGGGAAAGAAAUUUUCUUACCCUCUCGACAAGCACUUUUCCAUCCAGGUCAAUCAAAACUUUUACUUUUUCAUUCUUACUUUACUUCCGUCUACAUCGGUCGCGAAAGAAAUUAUCUUCACCUCUCGACAAGAUCUUUUCCAUCCAGGUCAACCACCCCUUUUACUUUCUCAUUCUUUUUUUUACUUUCCUCUACAUCGGGUGCGGAAGAAUUAUCUCCCCCCCCCCGUCAAGCUCUAUUGCAUCCAGGUUAACCAACCCUUUUAUUUUCUCAAUCUUACUUUACUUUCCUCUACCUCGGGUUCGGAAGAAUUAUCUUCCCCUCUAGACAAGCUCUUUUGCAUCCAGGUCAACCAACCCUUUUACUUUCUCAUUCUUACUUUACUUACCUCUACCUCGGGUUCGAAAGAAUUGUCUUCACAUCUCGACAAGCUCUUUUGCAUCCAGGUCAACCAACCCUUUUACUUUCUCAUUCUUUUUUUUUUUACAUUUCUUUACAUCGGGUGCGGAAGAAUUAUCUUCCCCUCCUCGUCAAGCUCUUUUGCAUCGAGGUUAACCUACCCUUUUAUUUUCUCAUUCUUUUUUUUACUUUCCUCUACAUCGGGUGCGGAAGAAUUAUCUCCCCCCCCCGUCAAGCUCUAUUGCAUCCAGGUUAACCAACCCUUUUAUUUUCUCAAUCUUACUUUACUUUCCUCUACCUCGGGUCAACCAACCCCUUUACUUUCUCAUUCUUUUUUUUACUUUCCUCUACAUCGGGUGCGGAAGAUUUAUCUCCUCCCCCUCGUCAAAAUCUUUUGCAUCCAGGUUAACCAACCUUUUUACUUUCUCAUUCUUACUUUACUUUCCUCUCCAACGGUCGAAAAAGAAAUUAUCUUCCCCUCUCGACAAGGUCUUUUGCAUCCAGGUCAACCAACACUUUUACUUUCUCAUUCUAACUUUACUUUCGUCACCAUCGGUCGCGAAAUAAAUUAUCUUACCCUCACGACAAGCACUUUUGCAUCCAGGUCAACCACCCCUUUUAUUUUCUCAUUCUUACUUUACUUUCCUCUACGUCGGUCGCGAAAGAAAUUAUCUUACUCUCUCGACAAGAUCUUUUGCAUCCAGUUCAACAACCACUUUUACUUUCUAAUUCUUUUUUUUACUUUCCUCUACAUCGGGUGCGGAAGAAUUAUCUCCCCACCCUUCGUCAAAAUCUUUUGCAUCCAGGUUAACCAACCCUUUUAUUUUCUCAAUCUUACUUUACUAUCCUCUACCUCGGGUUCGGAAGAAUUAUCUUCCCCUCUAGACAAGCUCUUUUGCAUCCAGGUCAACCAACCCUUUUACUUUCUCAUUCUUUUUUUUACUUUCCUCUACAUCGGGUGCGAAAGAAAUAUUUUCCACUCUCGACAAGCUCUUUUGCAUCCAGGUCAACCAAUACUUUUACUUUCUCAUUCUUUCUUUACUUUCCUCUACAUUGGGUGCGAACGAAUUAUCUUCACAUCUCGACAAGCUGUUUUGCAUCCAGGUCAACUAACCCUUUUACCUUCUCAUUCUUACUUUACUUUCCUCUACCUCGGGUUCGGAAGAAUUUUCACAUCUCGGCAAGCUCUUUUGCAUCCAGGUCAACCAAUACUUUUACUUUCUCAUUCUUUCUUUUACAUUUCUUUACAUCGGGUUCGGAAGAAUUAUCUUCCCCUCCUCGUCAAGCUCUUUUGCAUCGAGGUUAACGAAGCCUUUUACUUUCUCAUUCUUUUUCUUACUUUCCUCUAUCUCGGGUGGGGAAGAAUUAUCUCCCCUCCCCUCGUCAAGCUCUUUUGCAUCCAGGUUAACGAAGCCUUUUACUUUCUCAUUCUUUUUUUUACUUUCCUCUACAUCGGGUGCGGAAGAAUUAUCUCCUCCCCCUCGUCAAAAUCUUUUGCAUCCAGGUUAACCAAGCCUUUUACUUUCUCAAUCUCACUUGACUUUCCUCUACUUCGGGUGCGAACGAAUUAUCUUCACAUCUCGACAAGCUCUUUUGCAUCCAGGUCAACCAACCCUUUUACUUUCUCAUUCUUUUUUUUACUUUCCUCUACAUCGGGUGCGGAAGAAUUAUCUUCCUCUCUCGGCAAGCUCUUUUGCAUCCAGGUCAACCAACCCUUUUACUUUCGCAUUCUUACUUUACUUUCCUCUACAUCUUGUGGGGAAGAAUUUUCUUGUCCCUUAUUCGACUACUCUUUUGAGGGUUGA